GGGCGGAUUUACUCACUGACUGACUGAGAGGCAAAGUGUUUGUGUUGCUGUUUUUGUGAGAAAACGUAACAAUGGUGCAACUUUCUAAAAGCGGAGUGAGAGACACGCUGAAAGCUGGUCAUCCUCCUGCAGUGAAAGCUGGAGGGAAAAGAGUGGUGAAGAAGAGUGCUGAUGAUAACGCCAAUGUGGAGAAGGAGAGCAAGAAAGUGGAUAAACCCAGGUCCGCGCCGACCCCUUCCAGAAUGCAGCACCUGAGUCUUCUCCUGGCUGGUCCACUUGAGAAGGUUUGUUGCACCAUAAUAACAAAUUAAUUGCGUUGCAUGAAUCCUCCUUGAAAGAGAAUG